AAAAAACAGGUUCACACUUGGUAAACACUGUCACGGCUGUAUAUAUACGGUGUGAUGGAGAGGGCAAGGAGCCAGGGGGAAUUGGGCGGUAGGAAAAGAGGCAGGCAGGCACAGAGGGAGGAACCAGGGCUGGGGUUAAAAGUCUUUAAAUUGUGACAGAGCAGAUGAAGAGGCUAGAAUGGGCUCAGAGAUGAACUCCACAGACAUGACCUCCACAGAUCAGAGGGCCUCCCUGGAUGUGAACAGGAAUCCCACCCCGGGGUCUGCUGGAGCCUCCAACUCCACUGCUAAUCAUGGCUCUUCCUGUCCCAUGAAGAUCCAGAAGUAUAUACGGAUCAAGAACUGGGAGACCGGCCAGCUAUUCUACGACACCCUGCACAUGCAGUCCACGAUGGAGGUGCCCUGUGGAGAGCAGAGGUGUCUGGGCUCAGUCAUGUUCCCUGAGCAGAUGAUCCACAAACCUCCAAAGGAGCCUGUCAACAGAGAAAGGCUUCUGAGCAUGGCAACAGACUUCAUCAACCAGUACUACACCUCCAUCAAACGGUCCCAGUCCCAGGCACACCUGCAGCGUCUGAGCACGGUGCAGAGUGAUAUCAGAGCUACGGGCUCCUACCAGCUGGAGGAGACAGAGCUGAUCUUCGGUGCCAAGAUGGCCUGGAGGAACGCCUCCCGCUGUGUCGGGCGCAUCCAGUGGUCAAAGCUACAGGUGUUUGACGCCCGGGACUGCAGCUCGGCUAAUGAGAUGUUUACUCACAUCUGCACCCACAUAAAGUAUGCCACCAACAAGGGCAACCUGCGAUCGGCCAUCACAGUUUUCCCGCAAAGGUCAGAGGGUCUCACGGAUUUCCGCAUUUGGAGUCCUCAGUUGAUUCGCUAUGCCGGGUACAGCCAGCCAGACAACACAGUCAUUGGGGAUCCCGCCAAUGUUGAGCUCACAGAGCUCUGCAUCCAGAUGGGCUGGAAGCCUCGUUACGGGCGCUUCGACAUCCUGCCCCUGAUCUUGCAAGCGAGGGGGGAGCAACCUGCUUUCUUUGAGCUGCCAGCUGAGCUGGUCCUGGAGGUGUCCAUCACACACCCCACGUUUGAGUGGUUUGCGGAACUGGAUUUGAAGUGGUAUGCGCUCCCCGCAGUGUCCAGUAUGAUGCUUGAGAUUGGGGGGCUGGAGUUUACAGCAGCCCCCUUUAACGGGUGGUACCUGGGCUCAGAGGUCGGAGUCAGAAACUUCUGCGACAACUACAGAUACAACAUCCUUGAGGAGGUGGGCAGACGGAUGGGGCUGGACACCAAGAAGACCUCCUCCCUCUGGAAGGACAAGGCUGUGGUGGAGAUCAACAUUGCUGUGCUGCACAGCUACCAGCUGGCGAAGGUGACGAUCGUGGACCACCACGCUGCCACAGAGUCCUUCAUGAAGCACAUGGAGAAUGAGUAUCGCAUGCGGGGGGGCUGUCCUGCAGACUGGGUGUGGAUCGUCCCGCCCAUCUCUGGCAGCAUCACCCCUGUCUUCCACCAGGAGAUGCUGAAUUACUUCAUAUCACCUGCCUUCUACUACCAGCCUGAUCCCUGGAAGCUCCCAGGAUUCUCUACCAAGAAGAAGAUAAGCUUCAAGGAAAUCGCAGAGGCCGUGAAGUUUUCCGCCAGUCUGAUGUGCCAUGCCAUGGCAAAGCGAGUGAAAGCCAGGAUCCUGUAUGCCACGGAGACAGGCAAAUCUGAGACCUAUGCACACAUGCUGUGUGACAUCUUCAAACGGGCCUUCGACCCUAAGGUCGUCUGCAUGGAUGAGUAUGACAUUGCCAACCUGGAGUAUGAGAAUCUGGUCCUGGUCGUUACCAGCACCUUCGGGAAUGGAGACCCGCCAGAGAAUGGAGAGAGAUUUGCCAAAGCACUAAUGGACAUGGCCCAUCCUACCUCAGAACAACCAGAACCACAGAAGAGCUACAAGAGGCGUUUCAACAGCCUGUCUAAAAUGGACACCAUUCUGGAGUUGCUGAACAGAAAGCCUCGUCUGUCCAGCACCACAGAGAGUGUCGGGCCCCUGGGCACUGUCAGGUUCUCUGUGUUUGGUCUGGGCUCAAGUGCAUACCCCCACUUCUGUGCUUUCGGCCAUGCGGUGGACACACGCUUUGACGAGCUGGGAGGGGAGCGCAUCCUGCAGAUGGGAGAGGGAGAUGAGCUCUGCGGGCAAGAGGAGUCCUUCAGGACCUGGGCCAGGGACAUCUUCAGGGCUGCUUGUGACACAUUCUGUGUGGGGAGUGAUUUGAGUCCGGACCAGGACGAGGAUGUGUUCUCAGGGGAUCACGGCUGGCAACCUCAAAAAUACAGGACAGUGAUCGAGGCCACACCCACAGACCUGAUCACAGCCCUGUCCAAGCUCCACAAGAGGAAGGUCUUUCAGACUAAAGUCAUCUCAACACAAAACCUGCAGAGCCCAAAAUCCAGUCGUACGACGAUCCUGGUGCGCUUGGACACAGGGGGGCAGAAGGAGCUACAGUACCUCCCCGGGGAUCACCUGGGCAUCUUUCCAACCAAUCAGGACGAGCUGGUGCGGGCCGUGCUGUCCCACAUCUCUGAUGCCCCGCCCAUCAACGAGACCAUUGGGGUGGAGAUCCUGGUGGAGAAGAAUGGUAAAAGCAGCUGGGUGCGUGAGAACCGCCUGCCCCCCUGCACCCUGCUCCAGGCUCUGUCUCACUUCCUAGACCUCAGCAGCCCUCCCAGCCCCCAGCUCCUGCUCUCCCUGUCCCAGUUCGCCAGCGCAAAUGAGGACAAGAAUAGGUUGGAGAAACUAAGCCAGGCUGGCGAUGACUACGAGCAGUGGAAGUGGUUCCACUCUCCCACACUGGCAGAGGUUCUAGAGGAGUUCCCCUCACUCAGCUUGCCCUCCUCCCUCCUGCUCAGCCAGGUGCCCCUGCUGCAGCCCCGCUACUACUCCAUCAGCUCCUCCCCUGAGACCACCCCCAGCCAGGUCCAUGCCACCGUCGCUGUGGUGCAGUACAGGACACAAGAUGGAACAGGACCCCUGCACCUCGGAGUCUGUUCUACAUGGUUGAACCAGCUCAAGCCUGGUGAGGAGGUGCCCUGCUUCAUCAGAGGGGCACCCUCCUUCCGCUUGCCUGCUGAUGACUCUGUGCCCUGUAUCCUGGUGGGGCCAGGCACUGGUAUCGCCCCCUUCAGGAGUUUCUGGCAACAGCGCCUGUACAAGAUAGAGCACCAAGGAAAAAAGCCCAAGGAAAUGGUGCUGGUAUUCGGCUGUCGCCAGGCAGAGUUUGAUCACAUUUACAAGGAGGAAAUGGAGGACAUGAAAUGCAAGGGAGCCCUCAGUGGCGUAUACACAGCCUACUCCAGGGAGAAGCACACCCCGAAGAUGUAUGUCCAGGAUAUUCUGCGGGAGCAGCUGGCCUCAGAGGUGUACCGGACGCUGUGUGUGCAGAGGGGUCACAUGUACGUGUGCGGAGACGUCACCAUGGCGAAGGACGUGCUGAACACGGUGAAAGAGAUCCUGUCAACACAAGGGGGGAUGAGUCUUGAUGAGGCUGGGGAGUAUCUCAGCAAGCUGAGGGACGAGAGCCAGUACCAUGAGGAUAUCUUUGGCAUCACUUUGCGUACACAUGAAGUUAGGUCCGUGAUCCGAUACAGAUGCCACUUUCAGGAGCAGAAAAAGGACGGGAGUGUGGGGAAGCCGGAGCAGUAAUUUGCUAUUGUCUUGCCAGUGGGACCACUACCACAUUUACACACACUAGUCCACAUAAACACACACACACAUAUAAUGUGCAUAUACACAAUAUAUAUAACUCAGUCAAGCAGACAAACGUUUCGGCUAUUGCUUCAACAACAACAUUACAUUGAUAUAGCCUUUCAAGCCAAAAUUGUUUCCAAAGUGCUUAACAUUAGGUUCAUCAAACAGUUUGAGCCAACCAACUUGAGCCUGCUUGUUCAAGCAUGUUUGUCUUCAGAAGAAAUUUCAUUGUAUUUUUUCUAUCACUUAGGCAGGGAUAUCUCAUCCCUGUGAGAGAGAUAUGUGAACAGCACUCAUACUUAUGGUUGUGUUAAUGGGUGGGGUUUCAUAUAAAGUCUGACACAUGAAAUCACACAUGUUCUCUUAAGUUACAAUCACCGUAAUACUGAACACACUCAAUUACACUCGCAUGCAGUCCUCAGCAGGGCCUCCCAAAGACAUUCACAGGAAUUCUACUGCCCUAAUACCCUUAUUUCAUGACUAAAAAAAAAAAAAUUAUACUUGCAAAUGAUUGUUUAGGUGCAUCAAAAGCUUUGUUUUAUUUUGUUUCUUCCAACUUUUGUAGGUGAUCACAAUGCUGUAUGGUUUUCUAUUGCAUGACAAGUAGAAUCUGUCUGCCAUUCCCAUUCCUUGAGAUUCCAACCCAUUAUCCUGUGAUAAAAUAAUGUGGUACAAUUCUGAUAUACAAACAUCAUAAAGGGUCCAUAGCGACAGCUGCCAGUCAGCAAAAGCUAUUCAUAACUUAUUUUAUUACAAUUCAGGACCUAAGAAAGACAAAUCUAAUAAUAGCUAUAGCCACAGUACAAGGAGCCUAUCCUGUACAGAUUCCUUCGCUACAACAUCUCGAUGUGCUCUAUGUUUUUCUCUUAAAUGUAUUUUUAAACCUCUAUAAAGCCUAAAUUACAGAAUACUUCUUACUGACCUAUUAAUAAAGUCUCAGAUGUUUUGAAAUCAUGAUGCUUUGUUUUAAAUUUUGUUAAUAUUGAAAGGUUUGUUGAGCGUUGUCUGUGGUGUUCCACUGGAUUCUUUUUUCACACAACCUCGAACCUGAAUCCCACGUCCAGCAGUGCAGGAAGGUCAUCUGUAUGUUCCUCAAUAAAACUAAAAAGAAACUUGGUUAUAAAAUUAAACAAACUUUCAAUGA